UCAAUUAUACGAUUACAUUAUACAUUAUAGAAUAAUCUAAUAAAUCUAAAAAAUGUAUAAUGGCACGGAAAAAUGUGGAAUUCGUUGAAACUGCCAAAAAUGUUCCUUAGAAUAUCAUAAAUUGUAAAUGUUUGUUGAACGUUAUCAAUUCAUCCUUCAUAAGAAGACAGUCGAUAUAUUCAUCGCAUCGUCGCGGAGAAAGAUAAAAAUUGUGUUAUUAAGAGCAAACUGUUUUAUCUGUUACAUUAAAUUUCUAACUAUCACCGUGUUAUCAUCGAGGAUUUAUUCAAGAAACAGUCAGUCGUUUGUUAACGAUCGAGACGAGCAGAAGUGCACGACUAGUCAUUCGUAAGAUUGCAAUAAUUUUUAACGCAAUAAGAUGACAGCAUACGUUUGUGUCGAGGACUAUGAGAAAUAUGCUUUGGAACAUUUACCUGCAUCUGUGAAAGAUUAUUACAAAAGCGGAGCAGGAGGAGAAUAUAGUGUAAAAUGGAACAGGGAGGCUUUCAAAAAUUACAGAAUACGCCCUAGAUUCUUGCGAAACGUGUCUAAAAGAGAUUUAAGCACGCCAGUGUUGGGUCAUAAAAUUUCAAUGCCCUUAGGAGUCGCGCCUACAGCAAUGCAACGUAUGGCACAUCCCGAUGGCGAGUGCGCCAGUGCAAAAGCUACUCAGGCUGCAGGAACGAUCUUCAUUCUUUCGACGAUAGCCACGAGCAGUAUAGAGGAAGUGGCGGAAGCUGCACCGAAGGGUAUAAAGUGGUUCCAACUCUAUAUUUAUACUGACAGGAAUGUUACCUUAAAUUUGAUAAGACGCGCCGAACGUGCUGGUUUCAAAGCGCUAGUUCUCACCAUCGACGCGCCAUAUUUUGGCGAUAGACGCGCCGAUUUGAGAAAUAAAUUCGCAUUGCCUAAUCACUUGAGAUUUGCUAAUUUUCAAGGUGAUUUAUCAAAGCGAAUAAAUACCACGAAGACUGGUUCUGGUCUUAACGAAUAUGUUUCUGCACUGUUUGAUCCGUCCCUCUCCUGGGAUGACGUGAAGUGGCUUAAAAGUAUUACAACGCUACCAAUAAUUCUUAAAGGAAUAAUGACAGUAGAGGAUGCACGUUUAGCCGUGGAAAGUGGGGUCGACGGCAUCAUAGUAUCAAAUCAUGGUGCGCGCCAAAUAGACGGCGUUCCAGCAACGAUUGAAGUUUUACCUGAAAUAAGCAAAGCCGUAGGAGAUAAAGUUGAAAUCUACAUGGACGGUGGAGUGAUGCAAGGUAUCGAUGUGUUAAAAGCUUUGGCACUGGGUGCAAAAAUGGUAUUUUUAGGCAGACCAAUACUAUGGGGCUUGGUACAUAGUGGCGAGAAAGGUGCUAACGAGAUUCUUGAAAUUAUGAGAAGGGAAAUUGAUCUAGCAUUUGCGUUAAGUGGUUGUUCGUCCGUGAAAGAUAUUACACGGGAUAUGGUAAUUCACGCAACUUAUUAUAGCCAUUUAUGAAAAUAAACCAAUUUCACAUGAGGCAUUAUCAUAAAUAUGUAUAUAAUAUAACAUGUAAUCUAAUAUAAUAUAUAAUCUAAUCGAAGGAUAUCAGCACAAAUCUUUUGUUCUAUAGAAAAUUUCAUGUCUUACUAAAAAAUGGUACUUUUUACAUUAAGAUUUGUACUACAGAAAAUUAUUGUUUUAUUUAUAUAGUUUCUGUUGAGCAAAAAUAUAUAUAUGCACAUUA